AGUAUUUUCUUCAAUAUUUGUCGUAAAGUGUUGCUGUAACCGAAAAUCUAAUUUAAUUAGUAAAAUUACCAAAAAUGUCUGCAAGUGAUACAAACAGCAGUCAGGUGCCAGAUUGGCUGAAGGCGGAGAUAUUCACCGAGUUACUCGAAACAAAUGUCUCUGAUUAUUUAAAGACGAAAAGUUUUAAGGUCAAUGCUGGAACCACAGCUGGUGAAAACUAUCAAACUUUGAUGCUGCGCAUCGAAAUCGAAGUGGAACUGAAAGAUGGCUCAACUAAACCGAUUUCUUAUAUGAUUAAAUUGCCUCAUCAACGGGAAAUGUUUCAGAAUCGGAGAUCUACUAUUUUUGAUACCGAAUGUAAUAUCUAUGAGAAUAUAAUACCAGAGCUGGAGCAAUUGUAUCAUGAUGUGGGACUGGACAUCAAGUUUGGUCCCCGCUAUUAUAGACUGAAAGAGGCCGUGGGUAACUAUGUGUUGCUGGAGGAUUUGCGGCCUCAGAGCUUCAAGAACGUCAAUCGCCUUGAGGGUUUGGAUCAAAAACAUACUGAAAAUGUUCUUGAGAAAAUGGCGCAAUGGCAUGCAGCUUCAGUGGUCCGGGUGGCCAAUAAAGGAUCCUAUCCCGAAGCCAUGAUAAGUGGUCUAUACAAGGAGGCAAAUCGUCCUAUGCUGGAUAUGAUUAAUCGCGGCUUGUCGGCUAAAUUUAUGAAAUGCUGUGCCACCUAUGAGGGCAAGGAUGAAUAUUUCGAGCAAGUGAAAAACCUGCAACCCCAUUUGACCGAUGAGAUGUUGAGCAUGGGCAAAAUAGAUCCCAAUGAAUUGAAUGUAUUGAAUCAUGGUGAUUGUUGGUCUAAUAACAUCAUGUUCCAAUAUGAUUCUUCUUCUGAUACGAUCAAAGAUACUUACUUUGUUGACUUUCAAUUAUCGAAAUAUGCUAAUGUGGCAAAUGAUCUUAUCUAUUUUCUGCUGUCUUCCACCAAGUUGGAAGAUAAAAUAAGCAAAUUUGAUCACUACAUCAAAUAUUAUCAUGACAAAAUUGUGGAAAACUUAAAAUUACUCAAGUAUACCAAACCGUUGCCCACUUUACGUGAGUUGCAUAUGACAAUUUUGAGGCAUGGCACUUAUGGUUACUCGGUGGCAACUGGUGUGAUGGGAUUCGUUUUAUUGGAUCCCAAAGAUUCUGGUAGCUUGGCCAAUCUUUUGAAGCCCUCUGAACCAGGAGAUGAGACUCUGUGUCCUCUACAUGCAAAUCCUCGCUAUCGCAAGCAUAUAGCACUUGUUUUGCCUUGGCUCUUGAAUCGUGGAGCUUUGGCUAAAAGCUAGCCACUUGCUAUUAAAGUUACAAUGUUAAAUAAAUAAAAUCUACGUAUA